CUGCAAAAGCAGAAAUGGCGGCCAAGCCAAAAUGGAAGCCAACCGGAAGAAGGUCCUAUCCUUGAAGAGUCUGUACAGCAGUCUACACAGAACGAGCGAGCUGAUGCUGAAGGGGGAGGACAAGCGAGACGACGAGCGUGAGAAGGGUGAAUGUAUGACCGGUGAGGAGCAUCGGGAGGACAAGCGAGACGAGGAGCGUGAGAAGGGUAAAUAUAUGACCUGUGAGGAGCAUCGGAAGGCCCUUCGGGAGGACUUCCACCCCGAGGAGGCCUCUCCCCUGAGUGGGAAACUGGACCUCCGCUCCAGUCGCAGGGGGGCGCAGCAAAAAAGGGGCAUCAGGCAAAUACGUGGUGCAAAAGGGACCCGGGGGAAUGCAAACGAUAUUAGAAAAUAUUUUACGCAGGAAGAGCGACGGAGCAGGUCGGCGAGGGAGGGGUCUAAUGGGGCGUGUUUCCAGGAGAGUAGCGAGUCUGACGUGGAGGCCCAAAGAAAGAACCGUUUAGGAGAGAAGACCGGCAGGAAUGGCCCCACAAGGGGGCGCGCCGCAAAGAAGCGUGGCGAGCAGUGUGGUGAUCAAAUCGAUGAGCGAAGCGACGCGCUCGGUGACCGACUCGUUGGCCCCCCAGGGAGCAGCCACAACGAUCAGUCGAAUAAUCGUGCCUUGAAAGGGGACUCACGGAGGGAUAUCCCCAGAAAAGGAGCAGAUGAGCAGGAACACAGUGGAAGUACCCCCAGAAGCGGCCUCUGGAGGGGGACCUUCAAAAAGGAGAGUAACAAAGAAAAGAUGAAGCACCCCUUGGAUGGAUGCAACGGUCAGGAGGAGAAGGACUCGAUGGAUAGUCUAUCGCCACGCUUGAGGAGGCGCAGAAGCAGGGGGGCCAUCAACAGGGAAGAGGUAGUCGCCAGCUCAGAGGCAGUCGCAAAGUGGGAGGCAGCCGCAAAGUGGGAGGCAGCCGCAAAGUGGGAGGCAACCGCUAAAUCGGAGGCAGCCGCCAACUCAGAGGCAACCGCUAAGUCGGAGGAAAUAAACCAAUCACCUGACACCUCCCCAAUGCGUGAACGCAAAGGAACAAAGUAUAAUAGCAUAAAGGAGGAAGAAAAAAAUGCAAAAUUUAAAAAUAUGGAUCUGGAAGAGAUAAAAAAACGUCUUAAAAAGAACGAACCGGAUACGUUAAAAAUUUUACUGUGUACGGAUAACCAUUUAGGCUACAAGGAAAAUAAUGCUGUUCAAAGGAAGGACACAUUUAACUCGUUUGAAGAAAUUCUUUUCGUUGCGAAGCAUCUAAAUGUUGAUAUGAUUAUCAAUAGUGGUGAUCUGUUUCAUAAGAAUAAAAUCUCAGAGUAUACACUCUUUAAGUCUAUGGCUAUUAUUAGGAGAUACUGUCACGUGAGAGGUCACGAUGAUGCUGAGGGAGGGGGUGAAUCGGUUGAAGCUUCUCCAGCGCGGGGAACACAUACUCGAAGAGUGCUCCUGAAGGAGGUGCACAACUGCGAUUAUAAGUGGUACGGGGGGGAUGAGGAGCUCGAUCUGAGUGAGGAGAGCAGCCAUAGUGGGGAGAGCACCCGGAGUGAUAGAAGCGGCAGUAGUGAUAGAGGCGGUCGUGGUGAUAGACGCGGUCGUAGUGAUAGACGCGGUCGUAGUGAUAGACGCGGCCCUAGUGAUAGACGCAGCCAUAGUGGGGGAAGCACCCACAGUGAUAGAAUAACCCGUGUGGAGAAGCGACCCCCCUGCGACGCAGUACGCAUGUGCUCCGUGAAGGAGAAGGUCGAAACGGCCAUCCCCCUGUUCACGAUGCACGGGAAUCACGACUACCCCUACAGCUGCGACUACAUCAGUCCGUUGGACAUACUGCACGUGGGAAAUCUCAUUAACUACAUCGGGAAAAGCAGUCUGAACAAAAUUGAGGUAAAGCCAGUACUCCUAAACAAGGAGGACACCAAAAUCGCCAUCUAUGCCAUCGGGUGGAUCAAAGAUGAACGUCUACACAGAGCAUUCGAACAGAAGAAGGUUAAAUUUAUGCUCCCAAGUGACCAUGCCAGUAGAAUCAACAUCCUUGUUCUACAUCAAAACAGACACAUGAGAUGUGCACACGGAAAUGAUUUAAAAAAUUUUAUUAAAGAAUCGUUCAUCCCCAAUUUUGUAGACUUGGUCAUAUGGGGACAUGAGCAUUUUUCGAAACCCUACUUAGAGGAGAGUUCAUUUCAAUCCUUUUUCUCCUUGCAAUUGGGUUCAUCUGUACGGACAUCUCUGUGCACAAAUGAGUACGGGGACAAACACAUCGGGUUGCUUGAAAUUAGGAAGGAACGAUUUCGAUUUUUGAAGAUCCAAUUGGAAACGGUGAGGCCCUUCGAACUGAAGGAAAUCAGAUUAGCAAAUUACAACUUAAAUUUUAACGAUGAGUCUGUGUUGAAGCAGUUUUUACAUGAACAGGUGGAUGCCAUUCUGGAGAGCUUUCAGCUGAGUCUGCGUGAGCAGGUGAAGCGGUACUACUUGUUCAGGCGCGCCUUUUUACGGGCGGCCGGGCAGGGGGCAUGCCAUACGGGGAGGGACGACACUGGGAGAGGCGACACUGGGAGAGGCGACACUGGGAGAGACGAUACCGGGGGUGACGGUGCUGGGCCAAACGAUGAGGAGCCGCGUCCCCACCCCUUCGAAGAACACUGCGCCACGCGGUGGCACCCCGCCCUGCCGAGCGAAGUCUUCACCAAAAGGGAACUCCUGGACGAGUACUUCGACUCGGUCAUCUCCGACCAGGACGUAACCCACUUCAUGAGCAGCCUACAGGACGAGGAGUUCUACUCUACCACCUUCAUCGACGUCGCCUUCUCCACCCCAAGCGAUACAUUCGAUCUGUUGAAAAUAAAAAAAGGAGUCUACGACAAACCAUUAAUCAAACUAAAGGUCGAGUAUGAAAACAUUAACAUUAUAAACACGCAGCUGUUCGGCUCGACUUUCGCUAGCCGGGUCGGAAACCCAUCCGAGUUCCUCACGUUUUACAAAAAAAAGGGGAAAACAAGCGGAGGGACUAACGAGGGACAAGCCACCAACUCCAAGGGACACACCCUCGGGGCACUCACCAACAUAGGCAUGGAAUCUACCAACAUGGAUCAAAAAGAUAUUCUGAACAUGCAUAACAUAAAUGAAUACAGCAAAGUUUUUGAUAUCCUUUUUCAUUAUUGCCAGCUGAGAGAGAAGCUCUACAUCUUAAACGAAAAGACUAUCAUGGAAACGAUACUUAAUUUCAUGAGUAAUUCUAACUCUUCUUUUAAUUCUGAGUCGACUGGGACGUCUGACUACUGCAGCAUCAUUUCCAUGGUAGAUCACUGGGUGCGUAGCAAGGUGGACCUCCUCGAGGGGAACCUUCGGGACGUCCCUGUGGAGAGCCUAACGGAGGAGUACCUCGCGGACGUGGUUAAGAACCUUGCCGGGGAGUGA